UCCAGUAUUGUUUCAAGUUUGAUUGCACAUAAUGCAGAUGUUAAGUUCUCCAAUACAAGUGGCAAAAACAGGUGACUUAUUUACUAGCUCUGGAAUUGUGAAUGUACACCACUAGCUGCCCCUUGUCAGUUUUUUCUUGUCAGUUACCUGAUUACUACUGGCCCACUUGAAAUAGCAGUCUCUGGUAAAUUUUCCAGCUAUAAAGAGGAUUUUCUUUUUUAGCUCUGCAGUAUUUGUGAUUUCUCUGCCAUUCAUUAAUUUCACCAGGAGAAAUGCCUUUAAAAGCCGGUUUUCACUGGUGAUGGAGUCGGAGUCGGAGUCGUAAGAGUGCUUAUGACUUGGAGAAAAUAAAAAACUGAGUUGUAAGCGUGACAGAAUUGGAGUCAGAAGAAUCAGAGCGUUUCCAUUUUCUUCUGACCCCUCUUAUGACUGUUGUUUACGAUCAAGUGAAAACCAGAUUGUCAGAUUUGCAAGCAGAAGUGGAGGGAUAAACCAAUCACAAUGCACGUUCCCACACUUUGCUUGUGACUCCAACGACCCAGUUUUCACUUAAUUUAAACGACGGAGUUGUAAGUGGAAUCAGAAUGCUGUUUUCACUAGAUCACAAAGUUCUCCGUCUCUAGUUAAAACCAGCCUUGAUUUUUCGUGGUUAUUUUAGCAUGAUGUUGGCCUGCUUUGGUGGUCAUUUAAAGGUAGCUCUUCAGCUUUAUGAUCAAGGAGCAUCACUAGAUACAAGAGAUAAUGGUGGAUCCUGCUGCCUUCACUGGGCAGUUGAUGGUGGUAAACCUGGCUGCAUACAAUGGCUGUUGGAUAAAGGAAUUGAGGUGGGAAAAAAACUUUUAAGUGCUUAGGUGGCUGAGGGGUGUGGUUCAGAUAAGGACACAGUUUAGAAAAGAAAUGUGGGAAACUUAAAGAUGACAAAAUAUUGAAUAGAUUAAAGAAUUUGCUUACACCGUCCUUUUAAAUGACAAACCUAGGUGUUGAAAUGGAUUUGGUAUUUGCUCAGUAGAAAUAGCAGUGCUAAUUAUUAAAGCAAUUAUUGAAGCUUGGAUAAUUUUGUCACCAGGUUGAAGUUGAAGAUGAGUGUGGUUGUUCACCAUUAAUGAGACUUGGUAUGUAAAGAAAAACAUCCAUCCAAUUAAUUUUAAUUUUGUAUUUUAAAAGUAGGGUACACUGAGUAAACAUGAUGUGUGGUUCAGCUAGUGUGUUUUCAUCACACAUAAUUUGCACGAAAGGAAAGCAAAGUCUGGUAGAGAAAGAGAAGAAAGUAUUAGAUGUUCAGUUACCUCUUGCCCACAUAGAUCUAGGCUAGUAAAAUGAAGCAGCAUCUUGCCUUUCAUUUAUGCUCAAGGCUGUACUCUUUCUGUAGAUGAAGAAUAGUACAGUGCAAGAGUAAUUAAGGUGCCACUAGUAGCCGCUAGGCACUGCUAGAGCUCAGCCUUGAUGCUGCUUUUCUUUAUGUUUUUUUGCCAUUUAAAAUUUUAGCAUCAAUAAAUGGCAGUGUUGAGGUGGCCAAGAUCUUGAUUGAAAAUGGAGCCAGUGUGAACAAAGUGGACAAACUCAAGAAAACUUCAUUGAUGGUAAAAUAAUAAGGACAAAUAUAUUUUAGUCCUUUCCUUUCUUCUAGGUGCAGGUGUGCCAGACAAAAUUUUAAUUGGUAGCCCCAUACGUUUUUUCAAGGAACUUGCCCCCUUAUUUUAUUGUGACUGUCAUAUUUUUGCCUCCUGAGCAGAUAUACAUUUUUUCGGAUUUUUAAAUAUCAUUGUCACUGGUUUGUAGUUUACCUUUUUUAUUAUUAUCAUUGAAACCAUCUUAAUUGCAUUGUGCCAUGAGCGUCUGGUCACUGACAAAAAGAUUAAGAUAAAGAAAAUCUUAACAUUUGUUACAUAGUUUGUGUUUCAUGUCUUGUUUUUAGUCAGCUGCCCUAAAUGGUGGUCUGGAACUGGUGAAACUUCUUGUUGAAAAUGGAGCAAACAUACAUGCUGAAAACGAGGUUGGAGGUCACUCUCUGUUGCACAUCUGUUUGUUCUUGACAGCAGCCAAUUGUAUUGUCUACUGUAGCUCUCAAACAUUCAUCUUUAGGGUCCCCUUCGUCUUCGGACUCCCUUUAUUCUUUGGCGGAAGUUUUGCACUCCUUUAUGGGUCACACAUGAGUGAUUCCUACAUGGAGAACCACACACUUGUUGUGCAUAUUCAGACUUUUGCACCCCAGUAACAAAACACACCCACACCCAUACACACACAAAGGUCUUUUGUUGUUAUUGUUCACCUGGCCCCGGUUGUUGAAACGUUUGAUAACUUUAUCCACCGAAUAAAUCACUAUCCAGUGGAUAAGUAUCAGGGAAACCAACUGCGUUAUCCAAUGAAUAGGUGGAUAGGCAGCGUUAUCCACCUUUCGAACUACUGGGCCGGCUUGGUGAGUUGCACAUACUUAUUUAUUCUAUUUUGCUUUAAGUAUGGGAAGACAGCUCUUGAUUUUGCUGAGUCCUUUGGAAGAAAGGUAAGUAAAAAAAUGAGAAGUGAGUUGAUGUACUUGUGAUUGAUUAUGGUGGCUAAAUUACAGCAGGGAAUUUAAGAUACAGAACGGUGAUGACAGCAAAAAGUGCUUUUAAAUUGAUUUUGCGUUGUUUUAAACUUCACCGCCAUUAUUCCAACCCACUUAACUUGUCAAUUGUAACCGAAGUCUUCUGAAUUUGAAUUAUUAAGACGGUCUCCAAGUUCAGAAUGUGCGUCGUGUGAUUACGGCUUCCGUUAAAACGUCGCAUCAGAAAGUGAGCAGAGGUCAGUGGCAAGAAAUGAACCAAUAAAAGUGUGACACACGUGCUAGAACGUAUUCACGCACGUGCCAGCAGCUACCAAUACAAUAUUAUGCCGCCAUGACGUCAUGUGAAUAAUUGUUUUAGUUAUAAUUCUUAUGACGUCACGGCGGCAUAUUUGGUGUCUUGAAAAAGCACGCAAUCUUCGAUAAUGCGAAAACGGUUAUAGACGGCCAGUCAUAUGUUGUCUUUUCAUAUAUAUUUUGAAUUCCAACUUUUUUCUUAGGAGAUUGUUUCCUACUUGAAGUCAUUGAUGAUGACAGAAAACUCUACAGAAGUUGAUACUCAAGUGUCGCUUUCAGACAUAGUGGACUCCAGUGAAUAA